AUGAUCCAGGGUGUACAAUAAAAAGUUGCAAUUGAUACAUUUAAGUCUCGGAGUAAUAAGAGGAGAGAACUGAGAGAUACUUCCAGAACUUCAGGCUAUUCACCCCCUGCUACGUUUAUUUAAAAUCAAAGAACUGGCUAAAAAAGAAGAACAGCAUAGAAUUAUAAAGGAAUUGAGCGAGAGUCAUCAUUAUUCAGAAGUGAUAUAAUUAGAGAAAAUAUGCCAUCAGAUAAAGUUUUAAGAAAAAUAUAAAUAGUCAACAAGAAGAGAAAGAAGUAAACACUUGAAAUGUCAUUAGAUGGAAUAUUCGAGAACAGUUUAGAUGAACAAGUUGGUAAAUCAAAUCUUAAAUUCUCGAACACUUUAAAUAAACAGCAUGUUGAUGGAAAAGAAGAAGAUAUUGAGCCUCUCACACCAUUAUCUUAAGGCAUUUUAGAGGAUAAUAAUGAUUUGGAAGCAAGUAAUGGUACUUUGAAAACAUCUAAUCUAUCAGAGGAUACAUCUAUCAAAGCUGGAGAUUCAAUUAAGUCAAAUGAUGUGCUGGACCGCAUUUGGCAUUGGUUACAACUAAUUCAAAGAUAGACAGCAAGCAUUAAUAAGAACAGCAAACGCAUAUAAAUCUGA